UCAGAACCUAAUGGCGCUCCACAAAAUGUGAUAGGACAGAACAGCAGCUCAACCAGCAUCUUAGUCACGUGGGACGAAGUUUUAGCUGAUAAACAGAAUGGUAUCAUCACGGGUUACACCAUUAUAUACCAGUCACAAACAGAGAAUAACAAUGGAAGUGUUUUGGUUGGUGCCAAUGAUCGUCAAAAGAAUUUGACAGAACUAAAGGAGUAUGUCAACUACAAUAUCACAGUGUUUGCAUCUACUGUCAAAGGAAAUGGACCAGCCAAUGACCCUGUUGUUGUAGUUAGAACAGACCAGGACAAACCUGAUGGUGCUCCACAAAAUGUAAUAGGCCAGAACAGCAGCUCAACCAGCAUCUUAGUCAUGUGGGAUGAAGUUCCAGGUGAUAAACAGAAUGGUAUCAUUACGGUUUACACCAUUACUUACCGGUCACAAACAGAGAAUGACGAUGGAAGUGUUUUGGUUGGUGCCAAUGAUCGUCAAAAGAAUUUGACAGAACUAAAGGAGUACGUCAACUACAAUAUCAAAGUGUUUGCAUCUACUGUGAAAGGAAAUGGACCAGCUAAUGACCCUGUCAUUGUAGUUAGAACAGACCAGGACAGUAAGUCAUUUUAAUAUGAAUCCUUUUCU